AUGACAGGUAGUAAUAAUUUAAAUUCAUUGAAUAAUAAUAACAACAACAAAAUAUCUUUACAAGAAACUAUACAAGAUAUAAUAAAAUGUAGUAUUUGUUUAAAUAGUCCAAAGAAUCCAAGAUUCUGUCCAAGAUGUUCAGCUUUAUUUUGUUUGGAAUGCAUAGAUCGUUGGAUAAUAUCAAAUCCUACUUGUCCUGCUUGUAGAGAUACUUUAACAAGUGAUAAUUUAAAUUCAAAUUUAAUUGUUUCAAAUAUUUUAAAUGAAUUGGUUAAAUCAGAGCAAGAAGAAUAUACAUCAUCAGAUAUAUGUAAUUAUCAUGGUUAUGAAAGAUUAUAUUAUUGUUCAACUUGUCAAGAACCAAUUUGUUCAGAUUGUGCAUUAUUUAAACAUAAAGAUCAUAAAAUUGAGAAAUUAUCAAUAAAUUUUAAUAAGAAUUUAGAAAUUUUAAAAAUUGAAGAAGAAGCUUUAAAAAAAAGACAAGAGGAAUUAAUUGAAUUAAAUUCAUUUUUAGAAUUAGAUGCCGAAACAUUAUUAAAAAAUAAAUCACAAAUUGAAAAAGAAAUUUCAAAAGUAGUAAUUACAAUGAAAGCAAGAUUAAAAUAUGAUUUUGAAAGAAGAUAUAAUACUAUUUUAGAAUCACAAGAAAAGAUAAAUAAUGAAUUAACACAUUUAGAUUUCAUUUAUAAUGAUUUAUUAAAUCAUUAUAAGAAAUCACCAUCAUCAUUCGUAUUGACAAGUCAACAAUUUAUAGGUGUUUUACAAUCAGUUCAUAAGAAUUCUAUAAUGGAUAUUUAUACACCAAUCAAUACUGAUUUAACAAGUGAAUUGAUACCACCAUUUGAGAAUAGAUUAUUAAAAUUUGAAAAUUUCACAACUGGUGAUUGUUUGUUCAGUAGUAGAAUAGCAUUUUAUGGUAUGACAUGGGAAAUUAAGUGUGGUAUUGAAGAAGAUAAUUGUUUCUUAAAUUUAAAGGUUUUAGAAUGUAAUUCAGAUGGUAAAUACUUUUAUAUGUUUACUAUUGUUAAUCAAAAAACAAAUGUAAAUAAAUUGAUUGAAUUUGAUUUACCAUUUCAAGCUGGUGAAACUUUUUAUAUUCCAAAUUUCUCUUCAAAACAAACUUUGAUUGAUGAAGGAUUUAUAUUACCAGAGAAUGAUAUAUUAUUAUUACAAUUUUCUUUUAGACCUCAAAAUUAUUUUUGUUAUAGUAAUGAUUUAAAGAGAUAUAUAGAUAUAUUAGAGUAUAGACAUAGGGGUUAUUUUGGUGAAGAGGAUGAAGAUGAUGGUACCAUUGAAACUACUGUAACAAAAUUACCAAAUGAUAAAUCAACAAUACUGGGUUCUGAUAAUUAUAAUGAUAACUAUAAUGAUGAUGGUAUUGGUGAUUUAGAUGAAGAUGAAGAAGAAGAAGAAGAUGAUGAAGAUGAUGAUGAUAACUUGGAUGAUCAUUUACAAUAUGAUAACGAUGAUGAUGAAGAUGAAGAAGAGGAUGAUGAAGAACAAAAUGAAGAGGAUAAUGAUGAAGAAGGAACUAAUAUCCCUACAUCAGAAUAUGAAGAUUUAGAUACAAGUUCAGCUAGUGUCAUUUCAAAUAUCAAUAGGAGAGACAGGUUUAAAAAUAAUAAUAUUAAUAAUAAUAACCAAUUUGUAAAUAGUAACAAUAAUAACAAUAAAUAUAAUACUACUAAUAGUAAUAAUAGUAUAGUUGGUAGUAGUAGAUAUAUUAAUAAUAAUAAUAAUAAUAAUAAUAAUAAUAAUAAUAAUAAUAAUAAUAAUAAUAAUAAUAAUAAUAAUAAUAAUAACAAUAAUAACUAUAUUUUAAAUAGAAGUUAUUCAACAAAUAAGAUUUAUAAUUUCUAUCAAGAUGAAGAGGAAGAGGAAGAGGAUGAUGAUAGUAAUAUUGAUGAUCAAGAUGAAGAUGAAGAAGAAGAAGAUAGUGAAGAAGAAUCAUCGUUAUCCUCUUCGGAUUUACAAGAUUUGGAUUCAAGUGGGGAUCAGUCAUCAUUAGAAUUUUCAUUUUCAAAAUAUACAAAUAAUUAUUAUAGUAACAACAAUAAUAAUUACAAUAGUGGUGGUGGUGGUGGUGUUGGUGGUGCUGGUGAUAAUAAUAAAAUUGAAUGUAUUAGAAGGGAUUUUAAUAAUUUAUUAAAGAGAAUCAAUUUUACAAAUAGUCAAUUAACAAAUUUAAAACCUGGUGUACCAAAAGAUGGUGAUUUAUUAAAUGAUGAUGAAAAUGAUAAAAAAUGUAAUAUUCCAUUAAAUGAAGAUGAAGAGGAAGAUGAAGAUGAGGAAGAUGAUGUUAAUAAAAAUAAAACAACUUCAACUACAACUACAACCACUACCGCCACUACAACAAAUGAGGUUGUCACAAUAAAUCCAAAUACCAUUUCAAAUAAUAGCCAAGAUGAAGAGGAGGUAAAGAGUGAUAUCGUUAAGUUAUUAGAAAAUGGUAUUGCAAAUAUGUUAAAUAAUAGUAAUAGUAGUAAUAGAAGUUCAAACAAUCUAAAACAACAACAACAACAACAACAACAACUACAGAAAGAUGAUCAAAAACAAAAAGAUGAACAACAAAAUAAAUCAAAUACUGGUUGUGAUAUUGAUCAAUUAAACAUCUUAUCAAAAUUAUCAAUCAAAGAAAGCUGUGAUAGUAUUAAAAAUAAUGAUAAUGAUAGUUUAGGAAAUAGUACUAAUAAUAACAAUAAUAAUAAUCUUAAUAAUAAUAAUAAUAAUAAUAAUAAUAAUAAUAAUAAUAAUAAUAAUAAUAAUAAUAAUAAUAAUAGUAAUAAUAAUAAUCUUCAAUCAUUUUUACAAUCAAAUGAAAAUACAGAAAAUGAAACCGAUUUCAAUGAUAAUAAUACAAAUCCAGAAACAAACACAGAGACUGAAAAUGAAUAUUUAACAAGUUCAAAUAUGAACUUGGAUGGCGGUGAAAGCGAAUUCGAUAGUAAUAAAAGCUACGAAGGUAGUAGUACCGAUGAAAAUUUUAAUUCAGAUGAAGAUUACCAGGAUGAAGAUAAUUUCAACCAAGAUGCAACUGGUAGCGAGAGUGCUAAUAAUGAUGAUUAUUUGGAUGAUAAUGAAAGAGAAGGCUCAGAUUCAAUUGAAAAUUAUGAUGAGGAUAUUGAAAAAGUAUUAACCUCUCAUAAUAUCAUAACUACUCCUUCUAUACCACCAUCUCAACAACCACAACCUCAACUUCAAACUCAACCUCAAACACAACCACAAUCUCAACCUCAAUCUCAACCUCAACUUCAACCUCAAUCUCAACCCCAACCCCAAACUCAACCUCAACUUCAACCUCAACUUCAACCUCAACUUCAACCUCAACUUCAACCUCAACUUCAACCUCAACUUCAACCUCAACUUCAACCUCAAACUCAACCACAACAACAAAAGAAAUAUGAUGACUUAAGUGAAAAUCAAAUUCAAACCGAAAAUAGAAACAAAAAGAUAAAAGAAGAAAUAAAUAAUAAAACCAAUAACGACAAUAAUAAUGAAUUGGGUAAAAGUAGUAAGAGUAAUACGAGUAGCAGCAGCAGUAGCAGUAGUAGUAGUAGCAGUAGUUAUAGCGAAAGUGAAAGUAGUGAAAGUGAUUCAAAUAAUGAAUAUGAUAAUGAAGAUGAAGAUGAUAUUGUUAAUCAAGUUUCAAAUUUUAAUUUCAAUUUCAAUGAUGCAUCCAACUUUAAGAACUUUUCAUUUAGACCAAAAUUCCCUUCAGAUGAAAAUGAUAAUGAUGACAAUGAUGAUGACUAUGAAAUUAAUAUAGAUUUAAAAAAUAUACAAAAGAUUUCUCCAAUUUUAAGAGCAAUAGAGAAUGGUGAAAGCAAUAUCAAUCACUAUCAAUCUCCAGUUUCAUUAUCUUCUUCUUCCUCUGUUAGUAGUUUUAGUGGUAGUGGUAAUAGUGUUCCAAUAACAGCAACAACAACAACAACAACAACAACAACAACAACAACCACUACAACUACUGAUGACGAUAGUGGGAUUAAUAUGCCUAUAUCACCUUUAUCAGCUUCACCACCAUCACCACCACCUCAAAAUGAACCUCAAAUAAAUAAUGAAACAAAUGACAACGAUGUAAAACUACCCCAAAUAUAA